AUGUCCACUUUUACAACCCCACUCCUUCGCCCUACAACACCACUAUGCAACCCCGAUGUACCAGAAUUAAACAUCGAUAAAGUUGCAGUGACUUUCAUGGAUGGAAGCAAAGUUAAUUACGACCGUCCAUUGAAAUUACGCGAAUUGGUUUCUCACAAAACACUCGAUAGAAAAGAUUUGGCAGGUAUAAUGGUCAAUGGAAAAGUACACUCAGUUGUCGACUCUAUUGAUGUUGGUGUGGCAAACAUCGCGCCAGUUAUUUUGGACAGUUUGGAAGGUUCGUCACUUUACAGAAGAACACUUGUGAUGGUCUUUGCCACCGCCGCGUAUCAGACAUUUGGCACCAAAUUUGGUGUCCAAAUUGAUCACCACGUGAACAAUGGAUACGUCGCAAAGAAGUUUGACGGAAAGAAGUUUACUGACGAUGAAUGCAUGGCAAUCAAAAUGAGGAUGCAGGAGCUUAUCAACAAAAACAUUGAAAUCAAAGAAGUCAAUCUUUCCAACGCGGAGGCCGUCAACUACUUUGAACAAACCAACCGCCCAUACACCCUUUCUUUACUCCAAACAACAAACAAAGAAGUUGUCAAGUGCAGUUAUUGCGAUGGGUUUCUUGCACUUUUUAUACGCCCACUCAUGUGGUCUACUGGCAAAAUGACUGAGUUUGACUUGAAAGUUUCGUCGAAUAAAGAUGGGUUGUUACUUCUCUUUCCACUCAUCGGAAAGCCUAUUCCAACAACCCUUGACAAAAUCGAAACGAAAAUGAUAUCACAAUGUUACGACAAGUCAAAAAAAGUAGGGAGAGCAACGGGAAUCGAGUGUAUUGGUGAUUUGAACAAAAAAAUUCUCUCAGGCGAGAGAGAAAUGAUUCUGAUGAUGGAAAACAGACAGGACAUGGAAAUUGCGAAAAUUGCUGACAACGUUGUCGAACACAUAAAGAAAGGGGUCAAGUUGAUUUCUAUUGCUGGGCCAAGUGCAUCAGGAAAGACAACAUUUUCAAAGAAACUUGGAGUGCAAUUGAAGUUAAGAGGAAUUAUCCCAGUGGUGUUGAGUGUUGACGAUUACUACAAACAUCGAGUGGAUUCUCCAAAGGAUCAGUUUGGAAAUUAUGACUUUGAAUGUUUGGAAGCGUUAAGACUGGACGACUUGAAUGACACUUUGAAAAAAUUGUUUGCAGGAGAAGAAGCACACCCAUCCGUGUUCGACUUUGUUUCGGGAAGAUAUUCAAUAUUAGAAGACAAGAUCAUUAAGUUGCCGCCAAAUGGCGUUGUGAUUAUGGAAGGGCUCCAUGGAAUCGAUGAAGGGUUGACACCAGCUAUCCCACGAAGCCAGAAGUACUAUAUCUUUAUUGCGCCAUUGACGCAAAUUAACAUCGAUGAGUACAACUUCAUUGGAAAUCAGGUCCUCAGAUUCUACAGAAGAAUCAUUAGAGACUUUUUGACUCGAAAUUAUAGUGCGUCGCAUACACUUAAAAGUUGGUACGUUGUUGCAAAGGGGGAGGAGAAGUACAUCUUUCCUUACGUUGAUAACGCAGACACAAUUUGGGAUUCAUCAAUGGAUUAUGAACCAUCUGCCCUUUACACUUACAUGAACCCGUUAUUGAGAACAAUUCCAGUCAACGAUCCAAAUUAUAAUAUGGCGUCCAACUUACUCGAAACUUUGGAGAUGUACAUCCCAAUCGACGAUCAUUACAUCGGGUCGACUUCGCUUAUUCGUGAAUUUAUUGGUGGGAGUGUCUUUGAGUAA